GCCGAGGGCGGGGCAGGGCGGCAGCAUGCUAAACCGGGUGCGCUCGGCGGUGGCGCACCUGGUGAGCUCCGGUGGCGCUCCGUCCCCGCGCCCCAAGUCCCCCGAUCUGCCUAACUCGCCCAGCUCGACCUCGGCGCCACCCGCCGUCGCUCCAGAAGCGCCCAAGAGCCCUUCGGCGAGGCCUGGGAACUGGAGCGGGGCGCCCGCGAAGACCUCCGAGGCUCGAGCGCGCUUCUCCAGACCAACCUUCCUGCAGCUGAGCCCCGGGGGGCUGCGACGCGCCGACGACCACGCGGGCCGGGCAGUGCAAAGCCCCCCGGACACGGGCCGCCGCCUGCCCUGGAGCACAGGCUAUGCGGAGGUCAUCAAUGCGGGCAAGAGCCGGCACAAUGAGGACCAGGCUUGCUGCGAGGUGGUGUAUGUGGAAGGUCGAAGGAAUGUUACAGGAGCCUCCAGGGAGCCUAGCAGUAGCCAGGGGCUCUGCUUCUACUACUGGGGCCUGUUUGAUGGGCAUGCUGGUGGUGGAGCGGCCGAAAUGGCCUCCCGGCUCCUGCAUCGCCAUAUCCGGGAGCAGCUAAAGGAUCUAGUAGAAAUACUUCAGGACCCCUUGCCACCUCCUCUCUGUCUCCCAUCCACCCAGGGAACCCCAAGUUUCUCUGAUUCAUCUCACCUGGUGGGCCCUCAGUCUUGUUGGUCUCCACAGAAAGAAGUGACCCACGAGAGCCUGGUAGUGGGGGCUAUCGAGAAUGCCUUCCAGUUCAUGGAUGAACAGAUGGCCCAGGAGCGGCGUGGCCACCAAGUGGAGGGGGGCUGCUGUGCACUGGUUGUGGUGUACCUGCUAGGCAAGAUGUAUGUGGCCAAUGCAGGUGACAGUAGGGCCAUCAUUGUCCGGAAUGGUGAAAUCAUUCCAAUGUCCCGGGAGUUUACCCCGGAGACCGAGCGCCAGCGUCUUCAGCUGCUUGGAUUCCUGAAACCAGAGCUGCUGGGCAGUGAAUUCACCCACCUUGAGUUCCCCCGAAGAGUUCAGCCCAAAGAGUUGGGGCAGAAGAUGCUGUACAGGGACCAGAACAUGACUGGCUGGGCCUACAAAAAGAUUGAACUGGAGGAUCUCAGGUUUCCUCUGGUCUGUGGGGAGGGCAAAAAGGCCCGGGUAAUGGCCACCAUUGGGGUGACCCGAGGCUUGGGAGACCACAACCUUAAGGUCUGCAGUUCUACCCUGCCCAUCAAGCCUUUCCUCUCCUGCUUCCCCGAGGUAAGAGUAUAUGACCUGACACAGUAUGAGCACUGUCCAGAUGAUGUGCUAGUCCUGGGAACAGAUGGCCUAUGGGAUGUCACUAAUGACUGUGAGGUAGCUGCCACUGUGGACAGGGUGCUGUCAGCCUAUGAGCCCAAUGACCCUAGCAGGUAUACAGCUCUGGCCCAAGCUCUGGUCCUGGGGGCCCGGGGCAUCCCCCGGGACCGUGGCUGGCGUCUCCCAAACAACAAGCUGGGUUCCGGGGAUGACAUCUCGGUCUUCGUCAUUCCCCUGGGAGGGCCAGGCAGUUACUCCUGAUGGGCUCAGCCCCAUUCUUUCCACCACCAUCCCAGCCUCACCACACUUACCCUUCUCCCAGUCCAAGUUCUGAAGUUGUGCCCCUGCCUCUUUAGUGGCCAUUUAAUUGACAGGAUGCCCACUAGAUCCAGAAUUACAGCAACUGGUAAAUAAAGCUGAUGGAUAAAGGUG